ACUAGCAGCCGAAGCUUCCUGCAGAGAGCGCCGCAAAUACCACUUGAUAACUUCGACUACCCACAACGUUUUACACACAGCCUAUGCAUCACUAGCCUACAAAAAAUGAUGGAUACAUUAGAAGCACUAGUGGAUCCAGGUUAAAUACUGGCCUAUAUAGGUAAUCUUUGGGAAGGUGGGGUGCCGGUGAGCAUGGUGAUGUGGAAAUCUAAAGCACAGAUGUUCCACUGAUGUGAGCACCAGAGGACGCGGAAACAUCGUGUUCAAGGGAGACAGAACUACAAAAUACAAAGUGCGCACAGGAGUCACAGUACGGAAUAUGUGGUUUCCCCUUGGAAAGGUUGAGAAUAACAGGUCUUUAAAGAGAGUGAUGACAGCAAAUAGACUUUAUAUCUAACCUCAAGGUUUCCCAAGAAAAGAUGUCAGGCUCGUCUUCCUGUACCUGACACACCUAAGAGUCGACCUUUAAAUGCUGUAAGGUUUGUUCACUGUUUGGAUAAAUGGGUAGGUGGAUAGAUGGAUGGAUGGAUGGAUGGAUGGUGUGUUUCCGGUUUAACAAAGACGAGCUGACAUUUUGGGGCUGCAAAACGUGCUUUGACUUUCUACAAGGCCAGUUGUUGUCUUGUGUUUCUCAAUUUUUGUUUAGCAGUUAUUCAGCCUUUUAACCAAAUUCACAGUCAGCAAUCUCACAAUAUCUGGGAUUGAUGAUGCAAAGAGGCCAAUAGAAGUGUGGAUCCUGCACCGUGGAUUAUUUGGUGAGUGGAUGUUAUUGGGGGAAAGGGGUUCUACCAAUGAGCGCGCAGCUCCGAGGCCACAUGACUACCUUCCUCCUCUCCCAUUCAUCAGGGCUGGACUGUGUUGUCUUUUCAAUUCAUUUAUCUGCAGGAAUGAUUGCGACUAUCAGUCUAGAGCUCACCGCCUGACUGAGGAGGUGAAAGUUGCGCCACAGGAAGAUAAACCGCAAAAGACAAUAUUGCUUGUAUACAUGAAUUUGCGCAUGCAUCGGAUGAGCAGUAUAGGGGAAUACCUCGCGUCUUAAAAAGUAAACAGAAAAUCGGUGGAUUUCAGAGUUUGCUCAGUCGAGUGAGGUCCAAGUGACAGAGAGAGCGGGAGGAAGAAUAUCUGUGCGUGAUUUUUUGAUUCCUGCUCUCAGUCGUCUCGGCGAGUCUAGACUGAAGAUGCUCUUGGACGCAGGACCGCAGUAUCCCACCAUAGGAGUCACUACUUUCGGCUCCUCACGGCAUCACUCAACAGGCGAAGUCACAGAGAGAGAAGUGGCGCUGGGGAUAAAUCCGUUCGCGGAUGGGAUGGGCGCCUUUAAAAUAAACCACAGCUCCCAUGAUAUUGGCUCCGGGCAGACGGCGUUUUCCUCCCAGGCGCCGGGCUACGCAGCAGCCGCCCUGGGACACCAUCACCACCCGACCCACGUUGGCUCUUACUCCACGGCAGCUUUCAACUCCACCAGGGACUUCCUCUUCAGAAAUCGGGGUUUCGGAGAUGCCACCGGGGCGCAGCACAGUUUGUUCGCCUCCGGAAGUUUCGCAGGGCCACAUGGACACUCAGAUGCAGCGGGGCACCUGCUCUUCCCAGGGCUCCACGAGCAAGCGGCGAGCCAUGCGUCUUCCAACGUCGUCAACAGCCAGAUGCGACUGGGCUUCUCUGGGGACAUGUACGGACGGGCCGACCAGUACGGCCACGUUACAAGCCCACGGUCCGACCACUAUGCUUCGACCCAGCUGCACGGCUAUGGCCCCAUGAACAUGAAUAUGGCCGCACACCACGGAGCAGGGGCCUUCUUUCGAUACAUGAGGCAGCCGAUCAAACAAGAGCUCAUCUGCAAGUGGAUCGAACCGGAGCAGCUGACAAAUCCCAAAAAGUCGUGCAACAAAACUUUUAGCACCAUGCACGAGCUUGUGACCCAUCUGACGGUGGAGCAUGUGGGGGGACCAGAGCAGACCAACCACAUCUGCUUCUGGGAGGACUGCUCCAGAGAAGGGAAGCCAUUCAAAGCCAAAUACAAACUUGUGAAUCAUAUCAGAGUACACACCGGCGAAAAGCCGUUUCCGUGUCCGUUCCCCGGCUGUGGCAAAGUGUUUGCUCGAUCGGAAAAUCUAAAAAUCCACAAAAGGACACACACAGGUGAGAAGCCUUUUAAGUGUGAGUUUGACGGCUGCGACAGGCGAUUUGCAAACAGCAGUGACCGCAAGAAACACAUGCACGUCCACACGUCGGACAAGCCCUAUCUCUGCAAAAUGUGCGACAAGUCAUACACACACCCCAGCUCUCUCCGAAAACACAUGAAGGUCCACGAAUCCACCAAUCCAGCUUCCCAGCCAUCUCCAGCGGCCAGCUCAGGAUACGAGUCCUCCACACCCCCCACCAUAGUAUCACCGUCCACAGAGAACCAGAGCAGCAGUUCCAUAUCACCAGCAGCCUCCGCAGUUCACCACACAACCAGCCACAGCACGCUGUCGUCAAAUUUCAAUGAAUGGUACGUGUAAAUAUUUUUUUAAAGAAAGAGAAAAAAGACUGCAGCGUUUAAAAAAAAAAGACUGCUUGGAUCAAAGAUUUAUAAAGUCAGCCAGUGAGACAUGGACUGAGAAAACGCGGGAGGCCCAAACGAUCAAUUAAAGGCUGUCUCAAAGUCAGUGAAAGAAAAUGCAUGGAUUCAAAGGAGGCAAGGGGCAGCCUGUGAAACUCUUUUUGUUUCUUUAAUCUAUUUUUACUGAGACUGCUUAAAAAAAAGACCUCAUAAAGCAUGCUAGAGGCCUGAAGUUUUGUACAUAACGAUUUCAACAAGUUGUAAAAAAAGUAAUAUUUUAUUUUGUAAAUAUCACAGUUUAAGGGAAUUUGUGAAAACGUGGUCCCUAGAUAUAUGGAAAAAUGAGAUGGUUUUAAGAAUAUUGCGAUGAAUAGACCACUGAAAAGAAUGUUAUGGUUGUGUAUCAAAUGUGAAUUAUUCAGUAUUACUACAGUCUACACGUCGACCUAACCAACUCAUGUGCUUUUGUAGCCUGUUCAGUGCAACAUUUUCGUCCAAGGUCCAGUUUGAGUAGCACAGUAUCAUUGUUGUUAUUUAAUGUCAUGUCAAUGAAUCGUGUAGUGAAAGCCUGAAAUUCCGUGUCAAUCUGUUUAUGUACGUGAUAAAUAUAAAAUCUCUGUCAGUUGCUUUGUCUGAAAGGAAGUAUUAUUACAUGUAAGUAGCUCAAUUUUCCAUAUUUAUCCGCAUGUAAAGGACCGGUAACAUGUUAGAAAUGAUCGGUAUUUAUGGAGAAAUGCGCUCGUAUGUAAAAUUUAGUUAAAAAUGUUUGGAUACAUUUCGUACUAUAUUAAAGGAUUAAAAAUACAAUG